AUGGUGAACGGCACACAGCAGCCCUUCUUUGUGCAGUGGGACCCGGAAAAGCACGCUCAAGGUGGCAAGCCCAUGGUUGUUCCUAAAGGCCAGAAAGCCGACCUCAACGCCGCCGCAGGCCAGCCAUACUACGACGUGAUUAUGGCGCGUAUACGCCCUGGCAACAUGCCCGCUCCCAAUUGCCAAUACUCCGAAAUCCGUAGAAGCCUCCCGACGGUCUUGUCAUCCCUCUUUCGGGGUAUGUCUUGACGCUUCAUCUCCGUUGAGUAGUCAUUUGGACUUGCGCUGUGGUAGUAUUUUCGUGAUGAAAAUCUUGCAAGGGGCUCGAAAUGGAAGUACUUGACUGAGACUGCAGAAGUGUAA